UCAACCUGUUCACCCCCGAAGUGGACCCUCCCAAAGUGGGCCCUUCCAAAAUGGACCCUCCCAAAGUGGAGCCUCCCAAAUUGGGGCUGAACUACGACAACAUCAACGACUCGCUGUCCCGACUCAACGGGGGCCGGCAGGGGUCGCGGGGCCGCAAGACCAACGGGGACCAAUCAGGGAAGCCCGUGGCCCGGAGUAAGACCCUCCCCCCUCAAGUCCCGCCCCGGACCUACGUCCCCGUGGCCCCGAGCAACAGGGGGCAGCGCCGGGUGUCUGCAGACCCGGUGUCUCUGGGCUCCAGGACCAAUGGGUUUGGAUAUGAACUCUUCCAAGUGAGUGAGGAGAGAGACGAGGAGGUGGCUGCUUUCUGCCACAUGCUGGACGU